UGUAUUCCAGUAACCAAAACCCAUCUCAAACAUUUCAAGUUCACAAAACAUUUGUUUUUGAAACCCUAAAUGUUUUGAGUUGUCAUGGAUGUAAUAGCUACUACAACUACUAUAGUAUCCGACUUGGAUUCACGACAACCCGAAAUCGAAGCUCCGACCCGGAUCCAGCCCGCGAAGCCUAUUUCUUUCUCCAACGGCAAACGCUGCCACCACCAUCAUCUUGCGUCUGAAGCGGUUGCGGUUGCGACUUAUAAAGAAUGUCUAAAGAAUCAUGCCGCAGGAAUAGGCGGUCACGCUUUAGACGGAUGCGGCGAGUUUAUGCCGUCUCCGUCGUUUAACACCAACGAACCCUCGUCAUUAACGUGCGCCGCCUGCGGUUGCCACCGUAACUUCCACCGCCGCGAAGAAGAUCCAGCUUCUCUUUCCGCCGUCGUCCCAGCGAUCGAAUUUCGUCCUCACAACCGUCACCAGCUUCCUCCGCCUCCUCCUCCUCAUGCGGUGGGAAUUCGUAGUCCAGACGAUGAUGAUUCAGCUUCUCCGCCGCCGAUCUCGUCUUCUUAUAUGCUUCUUGCACUCUCCGGAGGAGGAGGAGGAGCUAACACGGCGGUUCCGAUGUCUAGGAAACGUUUUAGGACGAAGUUUAGUCAGUAUCAGAAGGAAAAGAUGUUUGAGUUCUCGGAGAGAGUUGGGUGGAGGAUGCCGAAAGCUGAUGACGUGGAUGUUAAGGAGUUUUGUCGGGAGAUUGGAGUUGAUAAAAGCGUUUUCAAAGUGUGGAUGCACAACAACAAGAUUUCAGGACGCGGCGGAGCUAGAAGAGCUAACGGCGGAGGUGUAGGAGGAGGAGGAGGAGAUAGUCGUGAGAGUGUUGUUCCGACGAAUGGGUCGUUUUCUUCGACGUGAGGAAAAGAACGGAAAACGUUGAAAA